UGAUCAGUUCUUGGCCAUGGGCUUCUUGACGAUCAUCACAGAGCAAUGAGCAUGGUGAGAGCAGUAGUCACUCACGCUCCCCAACACAGCCCUGCAAAUACCACCACCAUUGUCUAGAUUUAGUACAAGCUAUGUCUAUGUUCUUUCAUUGGGUGGCGACAGCAAUGAAAAGAGACGUAAACUAAAUAAAGAUUAAGCAAAUAUACGAGUAAAUAACUAGAGUUGAGUUUAAUUAGAUACCUCUUAAAAACGCCAUAGCCAUGGCUGCCGAGAACCAGGACGGAAGCAUGGUGUUUCUCCACCGCAUCACACAUGACAUUCCUAGCGUCGCCUUCUGUCACAUCCACUUCCACUUCAACCUGCAGUGCAACCCCACAAAAAUACAAGUAAAAAGGUUUUGUAACCUUCAAGGAAUGUUAUUAUUUUCUCUAUUAAGAUUAAUUAAUCCCAUUUGCCAUUACCCCUUUUUUCUUGCAUGCCUCUUUAGUCUUUUCUGUCACCCUCUCCGCUGUGCUCUUCAAAUCUUUCUCCACAAGCGAUAAAAUGUCCACCGCUCCUGCGGGUAAUUCAAUCAGAAUUGGGAAACAUGCUCAAAACUCAGAACUGUUCGUUAAUUUACCAGCCAUUUGAUAUUAGGUUAGGUAUAGUUAAGGUUAUUAAGCUAACGAGACCCAAUUGGCUCUUGUGCUUGUUAUUUCAUUCAAAACUUAUAUUAACAUAAAUUUUAUUGAUCUUAAGUGCAUUAUAGGUUCUAUAUCAUAAACUUUUGAUGUAAAUGCAUGGAUCUUGGAACCCAGAUUGGACUCGAUUAAAUUUGAAUUUAAUCUAGACCCUUGGUUCUAUUUUACAUUGUAAUUAGACCCUUCUUUUUAUGGGCCCAAACUACAAACCAGAUCAUGAUUAAUCGAAUUCAAAUCUACAUAAAAUUUCAACUAACCAGCUGAUGCGUGGAACACUCCUACUCGAGAGACGAGUAUAAUACACGUACCUGGUCCGCCGAGGCUGAUGGCGGAGAUGGGAAUGGAUUUGGCAUGGACGACGACGAGCUUGAAAGGCGAAGCCGAGGGAGAGUGGAAGAAGUGAUCGAGCGUCCAUUGCAGAGCGUAGAAGCUGCGUUCGCUGUCGUCGACUCCAACCAGCAUCACUUGUUUCCCCGCCAUUAAUCACUAAUUCCCACUGAUCAGCAUUCUGCUCAACAAUCAAACAGCAUAAUUUUGGCAAUUGAAGUUUGAACGGGUCAAAACGGCAGCUUUGGUGAACGAUGAUGAUGCAUCAGUAUAUUGAUUCUGGCCGAGAAAUCUUCUCUUCUUUGUAUCAUUUUUCCGCCAAUAUCCAUCUUCUUCUCAUCCUCGUCGCCGUCGCCUUCUUCUUCGAAGAUCCGGAAGAAGAAAACGGACGGGGAUGGACAGGGCCGAGAUAGCGCAAGUUCCUUUCAACCUGACCAUUUUCCUGGUGUCCCAUGCGUGUGAAUAUCUCGGCUCGGCUGUGACUUCAAAGGGUGUUUUCCUGAAUGGCGAUCCGUUGCACCAACCACUUCCAUUUCUCCUGCUGCUACUUGGGGUUGCAAUUUUCCUCUCUGCAAUCAUGCGACGCGUUCUCCGGCCUCUCAAGCAGCCGAGAUUUGUUGCGGAAAUGUUGACUGGCUUGAUUUUGGGACCUACACUGUUUCGACUUUUAGGAUGGGGAGAGUUCUAUGAAGGCUUGUUUACGCAAAAGCUCACGACUAUAAUGAGUUUCCUCGAGGUCUUUAGCUUGACAGUAAUUGCAUUUGUAGUUGGCAUUCGAACAGAUGUAAACGUUAUCAAGACUUCAGGAAAGUUGUCAUGGAUCAUCGGCGCCAUGUGUUUCGUGCUUCCAGUGACGUUUGCUCAUGCUGGAGCUCAUUUUAUUGUGAAAUCCGACAAUCCAUCUGCAGAAUACCUCCUUUGGUUAUCCCUUAUUUUAUCCUCGACAUCCUUUCAAGUCACCUCCUUCCUACUUGAAGACCUCGGCAUACUUAACUCAGAAAUUGGCCGCCUUGCAAUGUCUUCUUCGCUGAUUAGCAGUGUAAGCAGCUGGGUUUUCAUUAUUUACUGUACUUUCGUUCGAUUUUCUAAAAGUCAGGGAUUUAAAACCAUGGAUUAUGUCAAAUCAGAAACUGCAAGAGCCUUUACGAUACUUGUAAUAGUAUUCGUGCUGCCUCCAUUUUUGUUUUGGUUAAUGAAGAAAAACCCAGAAGGAAGGAGUAUAAAGGAACAUCACUUCUUUACAGUGUUUGCACUCUUCUUGGGAGUUGCUAUUGGAUGUGAAUUUAUGGGAGAUACUUGCUACUUUGGAGCAAUGCUCUUUGGCUUGGUUGUGCCAUCUGGUCCACCCCUAGGAUCUGGAGUGGUGGAAAAGCUUGAGUUUUUAGUUUCAGCAGUGCUUGUGCCAGCAUAUAUAGUUGAUGCAGGUCGAUUUGUGGAUCUGUCCACAAUAACUGCAACAAAUUUCUGUCUCACAGAGGUCAUUAUCAUUUUUGUAUAUUUGGGGAAAUUUUCUGCCUCUAUAAUCCCUUCCCUCCUAUGGAACAUGCCUUGUAAGGAUUCUUUCGCGCUUGGCUUCGUAUUGAGCUCACAAGGGUUUUAUGAUGUGCUGUUCUUCAAACUUCACCUCAGGUUUAAAAUGAUCAGCCCAGAGCUUUACAGUAUUAUCAUUCUCUUGAUACUGACGUACUCAGCAAUUGUGACUCCUAUAAUCCAUCAUCUUUACGAUCCAUCAAAAAGAUACUUGAACUACCAGAGGAGGUCAAUCCAGCAAUCUGGCCAUGACAGUGAAUUUCGUGUUGUUUUCUGUAUCCAUGAAGAAGACCAUGUUUUCAGCCUUCUGAAUUUAAUGAGAGCUUCUCAGUUUGCGAAACAGAAGCCCAUCGGAGCGUUUGUUUUAGAGCUGAUGGAGCUUGUUGGGCGAGACCACCCCCUACUUAUCAACCACCAGUUCCACAAACGAAGGUCUUCUGUGGUCACCAGAACAGACCGCAUGAUCAGUGCCUUCCGUUAUCAUGAACUCCACAGUGGAGGAAUGAUAAAGCAUCAGUAUUUCACAGCCAUCACGCCUUAUUCCACAAUGCAUGAUGACAUAUGUACACUGGCACUUGAGAAAAAUGCUUGCCUAUUGGUCAUCCCAUUUUGCAAGUCUCAGGGCAUUGGAAUGAGGGGAGUGACUAAAAAUGUGCUUGACAAGGCUCCAUGCUCGGUUGGUCUCCUUGUUGACAAAAAGAUAAUCAUGCCCCAGAGAUCAGACUACAAAAAUGCGGCCAAGAUCUGGGUAUGCGUUGUUUUUGCUGGAGGACCUGAUUCUCGGGAGGCACUGGCUUAUGGUACGUUCAUGGCCAGGAACCCUGCUGUUAGGCUCACCGUUAUUCGCCUGAUUGCUGAGGACAACUUUAUAACUGAUUUAUUGGACGCUAGACUUGAUGCAAAUGUGAUGGAGGAGUUUUGGAAUCUCAACAAAGACAACACAUGUGUUGAGUACAGGGAAGUAACUGUGAGGGAUGGAGCCGAAACCUCCAGGGUGCUUCUGUCUCUCAACGACCCUUAUGACUUCAUGUUGACCGGGAGAAGGCUAGACAGUGACUGCCCCCUAGUGGCUGGACUUGCUGACUGGGGCUAUGUUGAGGAAAUGGGAAUUAUCGGAGACAUACUUGCAUCGUCAGACAUGAAGAUUGAUGCAUCGGUUCUCAUCUUGCAACAGCAGUCCACCGUCGAAGAUUUGAUGAAUAAAUAAACCGUUAGAAAAUGAUUCUGGUUCUGGACAUGCAAUUAAUUUCAACUGCACCAUGGAAUUUCAGUAGAGGAUCCGUCGAUCAGUACUGCUACUGGUGGAACCAGAACCACUUCCAUCUGCCAUUCUUCAUUCCACUCUCAGUCCCUAUUGAAGCUGAAUGCGUGGUUUCAGAGGAUGCAGAAGCUGUAGUAGCAAUGAGAGACAAUUAGUGUGAGAAUGGUAAUGUAAUGCAUGCUACAAUGUUGUUUUGAAUUUUGAGGUUGGUAUUGUUCAAUGUUGUAUCUUAUAAUUGUUGCUUAAGAAAAGUUUAUGGUGGUCAUUUAAUGGCUAAAUAAUCGAGU